UUGUGAGGGGAGCGUGAAGAAGAGCAGGCGUCGGAGCGGGAGACGCUGAACACGCGUGUUUGGGGGGUUGUGUGGAGGUUUUCUCCAGCCGCGGCACUCUUCCUUCCCCCUCCGCCGAGGACAGAGGCAACUCCGAAGGUGGCUGGCGGCGAGUGCCUCGCACAGCCGCUCCGCCCACUCAGGCCUUUUAUUCGUUCCGCCGCCAUUUUGCAGCUGGACUGAGCUCGUCGCGUGAGGAGGAGGAGACGCGAGACGCGGCGGGGGACGGCCUGGUCUGGACCGAGCGGAACGCCUGCGGGUCUUGCCAGCCUGCCGCGCCCCCUUUGUGGGGGCCUGAGAGGAACUGAGGCGGCCGGUAAACGUUUCAAAAGGAUGCUAGUGGCGUUGUUCUCGAGAGGAGAGCCAAGUACAAGAGGGCUCUAGCACCGUAUGCCAAUUUUGUAAAACUCUUUGCUUGGCUGCACCCUUUAUUUUAUUUUAAAAGCGGGAAGACAAAGGAAGAUUUGAUGUUUUGUGUGGCACCCAGUGGAAUAGGACCCAUCAUGAAUAUAACGAAGGGUGGGCUAGUGCUGUUUUCAGCCAAUUCCAAUCCAUCAUGCAUGGAACUAUCAAAGAAAAUUGCAGAGCGCCUGGGAGUGGAGAUGGGCAAAGUUCAGGUUUACCAGGAGCCAAACAGAGAAACGAGGGUACAAAUUCAGGAGUCCGUGAGAGGAAAAGAUGUCUUCAUCAUCCAGACUGUUUCAAAGGAUGUGAAUACGACCAUCAUGGAACUCCUCAUCAUGGUGUAUGCCUGUAAAACGUCCUGUGCCAAAAGCAUUAUUGGUGUGGUUCCCUACUUCCCAUACAGCAAGCAAUGCAAGAUGAGGAAAAGGGGCUCCAUUGUCUCUAAGCUUCUGGCUUCGAUGAUGUGCAAGGCGGGUCUGACUCACCUCAUUACCAUGGAUUUGCACCAGAAGGAAAUCCAAGGCUUCUUCAAUGUCCCAGUCGACAACCUGAGAGCAUCUCCAUUUUUGCUGCAGUACAUUCAAGAAGAGAUUCCAGACUACAGGAAUGCUGUGAUUGUGGCCAAAUCUCCAGCAUCUGCAAAGAGGGCACAGUCGUUUGCGGAGCGCUUGAGGCUGGGGAUUGCGGUGAUACACGGGGAGGCUCAAGACGCAGAGUCUGACCUAGUGGAUGGCCGGCAUUCGCCCCCAACGGCUAAAAGCGUAGCUGCCAUUCAUCCCAGCUUAGAGAUGCCCAUGCUGAUUCCAAAGGAGAAGCCUCCCAUCACGGUGGUUGGUGAUGUAGGUGGAAGGAUAGCCAUCAUUGUGGAUGACAUCAUAGAUGACGUGGAUAGCUUCCUGGCCGCUGCUGAGACGCUCAAAGAGAGAGGUGCCUACAAGAUCUUUGUCAUGGCCACCCACGGCCUCCUCUCCUCAGAUGCCCCUCGGUUGAUAGAGGAGUCUGCAAUUGAUGAGGUUGUGGUCACCAACACAAUUCCUCAUGAGAUUCAAAAGCUCCAGUGCCCCAAAAUUAAGACUGUGGAUAUCAGCAUGAUCCUUUCGGAGGCCAUCCGCAGAAUCCACAAUGGGGAGUCCAUGUCAUACCUUUUCAGGAAUAUAGGACUGGAUGACUAACAGCUUCUUGAAGAAGAAGAUGAUUUUCAGGGGCCAAACUGGACAUGUACAGAAACCGAGCUGUGAAGCAUUGUGGCUUAAACUUUGUAUUUCAAUGGAACCCAUUUUGUUAAGAUGCUUUCCACCACCACCCUUCCCCAUGGUUUCAAUUUAGUAGAUGAAAUUUCCAGAACUAUUUUCUUUGCCAUUUUCAAGAGGGGGAAAGGACUUCUACUGAAAAAGAACAAAUAAAAAUCCUAGGCGCUGCUAGAUUUAGCUGUACUGUUUGUUUAAGGACACAGUCCUUUUUAAGAAGUUCUUCUGCUCAAGUCUCCUUGAAAUGUAUUGGAGCUGUGUAAGAGCACAUUGCUUCUCUUCACCCAUUGCUUCACCCAGGGAUUGGGUGACCAGGGGACAAUGAUGUCGCUUCCCUUUGGAAAGAGGAGCCAUAUCCUCGUAGGUGAAGCCUCUCCUGGUGCAGAAUCCGCCUCCUGGUCAGAAGAAGCAUGCAGGCCUUUCCCCACAGCACAGGUUAUCCCUGGCCUCAUCCACCUGUAAGCAAAAACUAGUCUUGCACCCCAUGGAAAUCAUCGACUACAAAAACAAGGGAGGGCCAGAACAAGCAUGUUCAGUCUCUUGCCUCGCUCUCAUGUAGCUCCUAGUCAUUUCAGUGAGGUUUGUGCAGCAGGUCUCUCUAGAAAAUGGAGCCCUAAGGCUACAAAUACACGCACAUACAACUGGAGACAAAGGCCAUGGCUCCUAAGUGUUAAUAUUCCUCUCCUCCCCAAAUCAGCUUGCUUACAAGUGCUUUAAAGGGAUAAUAAUAUACAAAAAAGUAGCUAUUGUAUGAAGUUUGCAUCUGACAAGCCAAAAAAAAGGAGAGAAAAAGAAGAAAAAGUUGCACUGUUGUAUGCAAUUCAGUGACAUUUUUUGUAGAAGUGCUUUUAUAGGAAAAAGCAUAUGGAAUAUGCACUGGUAUUUAUUUUCUGCAACAAGAAUAAAAGACCUUGUUUUUGUGUGA